AUGAAGAUGGAGAUUCCUCUGAUAGAUUUGAGCCAACUCGAGGGCGAGAGCAGAAGCGAAGCUAUUGCUCUUCUGCACCAAGCUUGUGAGAAAUGGGGCUUCUUUCAGGUUGAGAACCAUGGAAUCGACAAAAAGCUGAUGGACAAGGUAAAGAAAUUGGUGAAUUCACACUACGAGGAAAAUUUGAAAGAAAGCUUUUAUGAGUCAGAGAUAGCUAAAGAAGGCUUGAUGAACAAAUGCCAUAUAGACUGGGAAAGCAGUUUCUUCAUUUGGCAUCGCCCAACUUCCAACAUCAAUGAUGUCCACAACCUCUCAGAGGAUCUUCGCAAAACAAUGGAUGAGUACAUCAACCAACUGAUUCCCCUAGCAGAGAAGCUUUCUCGACUCAUGUCUGAGAAUCUUGGAUUGGACAAGGAUUACAUAAAGGAAACGUUUUCAGGAACUAAAGGUCCUUCUGUGGGAACAAAGGUGGCAAAAUACCCUGAAUGUCCUCAACCAGAGCUUGUGAGAGGACUUCGACAGCACACCGAUGCUGGUGGAAUCAUACUCUUGCUCCAAGAUGAACAUGUCCCAGGUCUGGAGUUCUCAAAAGAUGGAGAAUGGAUAAAGAUUCCCCCAUCCAAGAACAAUACUAUAUUUGUCAACACAGGUGAUCAAGUGGAAGUGUUGAGCAAUGGAAGGUACAAAAGUACUUUGCACCGUGUCAUGGCUGGCAAGGAUGGGAGCAGACUCUCCAUUGCUACCUUCUACAACCCAGCUGGUGAUGCCAUCAUCUCUCCAGCACCCAAACUUUCAUACCCUCAAAACUAUCAAUUUCAAGAUUACCUAAAGCUUUAUGCUACCACAAAGUUUUCAGAUAAGGGUCCCAGAUUUGAAGCCAUGAAGAAAAUAGCCAAUGGACACAGCAGUCUUAGUGCCUGA